GUUGAAGAGAUUAUAAUUAAAAAUAGCAGAUUCAUAUUUGUUCAAUAGUGCAUUUUCUUGUGUAUAUCUACCCAUGUAGAACACGCAAUCCUAAAGUUGACCUCAAAAUUCUUGAAAACCCUUCUACCUCUGUUUAAUACAUUUGGACGAUGCAUGAUUUUGGUUCUACCCAUAUGAUCAAAACAAAGCACUAUCGAUACUUUGUUUUUUCAGAAUUAUUCAGACGUACUUUAUUUAAUGGAGUAUUUUGUUUUUUAAAAAUUAUUCAGUAGGACUUUAUUUAAUGCAGCCCUAAAGGGGAUACAAGCCAGUGCAAUCUGUAGGCCGGUCCCAAGCCCAGAUAAAUGCAGAGGGUUGCGUCAAGAAGGGCAUCCGACAUAAAACAACCAAAAAAUUAUGAGCAUUCAUCGAAAGAUUAACAUACCAGAUUGGUCGUGACCCGGGUUAACAACGCCCGGCCCGGCACAGUCAACAUGCAGGGUAUCGGCGUAAAUUCAGCUACUGUGGGUUGAAGACAAAUAAGAGGAGGAACGCGAAUUCAUCGGCAGAAGAAGAGGAAUGCACUGAGCCUACAACUCAGUGCCAGGACUUUGAAUGUUGGGACUAUGACAGGAAAAGCUCAGGAGGUGGAUGACAUGAUGAUAAGGAGAAUGGUUUAUAUACUUUGCAUCCAAUAGAGCAGGUAGAAAGGUAGUAAGGCUAGAAGUUUAGGGGCAGGGUUCAAAUUAUUUCACCAUGGAGUAGAUGAGAAGAGAAAUGGAGUAGGAAUUACUUUAAAAAGAAGAGCUGGCUAAGAAUGUCUUGGAGGUCAAAAGAAUAUCAGAUUGAGUGAUGAGGUUGAAAUUUGAAAUUGAGGGUGUUAUAUAUAAUAUGAUUACCGGCUACCCCCCACAGGUAAAAUGUGACCUCGGAUUGAAAGAGAAAUUUUAGAAGGUACUAGAUGAAGUAGUGCUGAGCAUCCCAAAGAGAGAAAGUUGUGAUUUGAAGUGAGACAGGCUCUCGAUGGACAGGAGGAGCUCCGGAAGAUUGGAUUACAAUAGCCAAGAUGAUCAGAGAGAUGGGCAGGAGAGUACUUCGUGUGUCUUCUGAUAGGAAAGGGGAGAAGGAGACUUGGUGGUGGGACCCUAAAAUACAGGAUGUCAUACAAAGAAAGAAGUUAGCGAAGAAGUAGUGGGACACAGAGGACUGAGGAGAGGCGAAAGGAAUACAGUAAAAUACGACGGACAAAGGUAGUGGCGAUGUGUAGAGCUGUGUGAACUACAGAGGAAUAAAGAUGAUGAGCCACACAAUGAAGUUAUGGGAAAGAGUAGUGGAGGCUAGACUCACCACAGAGGUAAGUAUCUGCGAGCAACAGUAUGGUUUCAUCCCUAGAAAGAGUACCACAGAUGCAUUAUUUGCCUUGAGGGUGCGAAUUAAAAAGUAGAGAGAAGGUCAGAAGGAGCUACAUUGUGUCUUCAUGGAUCUUGAGAAAGCCUAUGACAGAGUACCAAGAGAGGAACUGUGGUACUGCAUGCUUAAGUCUGGUGUGGUUGGGAAAUAUGUUAGAAUAGUACAGGACAUGUAUGAGGACACCAGAGCAGUGGUGAGGUGUGUAGGUGUGACAGAAGAAUUUAAGGUAGAGGUGGGACUGCAUCAGGGAUCAGCUCUGAGCCUCUUCCUGUUUGCUGUAGUAAUGGAUAGACUGACAGAUGAGGAUAGACUGGAAUCCCCUUGGACCAUGAUGUUCCCAGAUGACAUUGUGAUUUGCAGUGAAAGCAGACAGCGGGUGGAGGAACAAUUAGAAAGAUGAAGGCAUGCACUGGAAAGGAGAGGAAUGACGAUUAGCCGAAGUAAAUCAGAAUACAGUACCUUGUGAAAGUAUUCGGCCCCCUUGAACUUUUCAACCUUUCUCCACAUUUCAGACUUCAAACAUAUAGAUAUAAAAUUUUAAUUUUUUUGUGAAGAAUCAAUAAGUGGGACAAUUGUGAAGUGGAAUGAAAUUUAUUGGAUAAUUUAUACUUUUUUAACAAAUAAAAAAAUGAAAAGUGGGGCGUCAAAUAUUAUUCAGCCCCUUUAAUUUCAGUGCAGCAAACUCACUCCAGACGUUCUGUGAAGAUCUCUGAAUGAUCCAAUGUUGACCGAUGAUAAAUAGAAUCCACCUGUGUGUAAUCAAGUCUCUGUACAAAUGCACCUGCUCUGUGAUGGUCUCAGGGUUCUGUUUAAAGUGCAGAGAGCAUCAUGAAGACCAAGGGAUACACCAGGAAAGUCUGAGAUACUGUUGUGGAGAAGUUUCAAACCGGAUUUGGAUACAAAAAGAUUUGCCAAGGUUGAAACAUUUCAAGGAGCACUGUGCAAGCAAUCAUAUUGAAAUGGAAGGAGUAUCAAACCACUGCAAAUCUACCAAGACCCGGCUCUCCCUCUAAAGUUGCACCUCGAAGGAGAAGACUGAUCAGAGAUGGAACCAAGAGGCCAAUGAUCACUCUGCAUGAACUGCAGAGAUCUAAAGCUGAGGUGGGAGAGUCUGUCCAUCGGACAACAAUCAAUCGUACAUUGCAGAAAUCUGGCGUUUAUGGAAGAGUGGCAAGAAGAAAGCCCUUUCUCAAAGAUAUCCAUAAAAAGUCUCAUUUAAAGUUUGCCACAAGUCACCUGGGACACACACCAAACAUGUGGAAGAAGGUGUUCUACUCAGAUGAAACCAAAAUUAAACUUUUUGGCCACAAUCCAAAAUGAUAUGUUUGACGUAAAAGCAACACAGCUCAUCACCCUGAACACAUAUCCCCACUGUAAAACAUGGUUGGUGACAGCUUCAUGGUUUGGGCCUGCUUUUCUUUAGCAGGGACAGGGAAGAUGGUUAAAAUAUAUGGGAAAAUGAAAGGAGCCAAAUACACGACCAUUUUGGAAGAAAACCUGUUGGAGUCUGCAAAAGAACUGUGACUGGGAUGGAGAUUUAUCUUCCAACAGGGCAAAAGCCAUAAAGCCAAAUCGACAAUGGAAUGGCUCACAAACAAACGUAUCAAGGUGUUAGAAUGGCCAAGUCAAACUCCAGACCUGAAUCCAAUCGAGAAUCUGUGGGCAGAGUUGAAGACUGCUGUUCACAAACACAUGCUGAGGGUUGCGUCAGGAAGGGCAUCCGGCGUAAAAACUGUGCCAAACAAAUAUGAGCGUUCAUCAAAAGAAUCCCAUACCGGAUCGGUCGUGGCCCGGGUUAACAACGCUCGCCCCCGGCACUGCUAACCUGCAGGGCGUCAGUGGAAAUUCAGCGACUGUGGGUCGAAGACAAAGAAGAGGAGGAAACCGGAUCUAUCGUCAUAAGAAAAAGAGGAAUGCACAGAGCCUACAACUAAGUGUAGGGACUUUGAAUGUUGGGACUAUGACAGGAAAAGCUCAGGAGUUGGUUGACAUGAUGAUUAGGAGAAAGGUUGAUAUUCUGUGCAUCCAAGAGAGCAGGUGGAAAGGUAGUAAGGCUAGAAGUUUGGGAGCAGGGUUUAAAUUAUUCUACCAUGGAGUAGAUGGGAAGAGAAAUGGAAUAGGGGUUAUUUUAAAGGAAGAGCUGGCUAAGAAUGUCUUGGAGGUGAAAAGAGUAUCAGAUUGAGUGAUGAGACUAAAAUGUGAAAUUGAGGGUGUUAUGUAUAAUGCGGUUAGCGGCUAUGCCCUACAGGUGGGAUGUGACCCAGAGUUGAAAGAGAAAUUCUGGAAGGACCUAGAUGAAGUAGUUCUGAGCAUCCCAGACAGCGAGAGAGUUGUGAUUGGUGCAGAUUGUAAUGGACAUAUUGGUUGAGGAAACAGGGCCAACGAAGAAGUGAUGGGUAAGUACAUCAUCCAGGAAAGGAACUUUGAGGGACAGAUGGUGGUGGACUUUGCAAAAAGGAUGGAGAUGGCUGUAGUGAACACUUAUUUCCAGAAGAGGGAGGAACAUAUCGUGACCUACAAGAGCGGAGGUAGAAGCACGCAGGUGGAUUAUAUUUUGUGCAGACGAUGUAAUCUGAAGAUUACUGACUGUGAAGUAGUGGUACGGGAGAGUGUAGCUCAACAGCAUAGGAUGGUGGUGUGUAGGAUGACUCUGGUAGUGGGUAGAAAGAUUAAGAAGACAAAGGUAGAGCAGAGAACCAUGUGGUGGAAGCUGAGAAAGGAAAAAUGUUGUGUGGCUUUUCGGAAAGAGGUGAGACAGGCUCUCGAUGGACAGCAGAAGCUCCCGGAAGACUGGACUACGACAGCCAAGGUAAUCAGAGAGACAGGCAGGAGAGUACUUGGUGUGUCUUCUGGUAGGAAAGGGGAGACGGAGACUUGGUGGUGGAACCCCAAAAUACAGGGAGUCAUACAAAGAAAGAGAUUAUCGAAGAAGAAGUGGGACACUGAGAGGACUGAGGAGAGGCGGAAGGAAUACAUCGAGAUGCGACGUAGGGCAAAGGCUAAACAGGAGGCAUAUAAAGACAUGCACACCAGGUUGGACACGAAAGAAGGAGAAAAGGAUCUCUACAGGUUGGCCAGACAGAGGGCGAGAGAUGGGAAGGAUGUGCAGCAGGUAAGGGUGAUUAAGGAUAGAGAUGGAAAUGUGUUGACUGGUGCCAGUAGUGUGCUAAAUAGAUGGAAAAAAUACUUUGAGAAGUUGAUGAAUGAAGAAAAUGAGAGAGAAGGAAGAGUUGAAGAGGCAAGUGUGAAGGACCACGAAGUGGCAAUGAUUACUAAGGGGGAAGUUAGAAAGGCACUACAAAGGAUGAAAAAUGGAAAGGCAGUUGGUCCUGAUGACAUACAGCUGGAGGUAUGGAAGCAAUUUGGAGAGAUGGCUGUGGAGUUUUUGACGAACUUAUUCAACAGAAUACUAGCAGAAGAAAAGGUGCCUGAAGAAUGGAGGAAAAGUGUUCUAGUUCCCAUUUUUAAAAACAAAGGCGCUGUUCAGAGGAAUAAAGUUGAGGGCAAAGUUUAUAAACCGACCAUGUUGUACGGAUUAGAGAUGGUGGCACUGGAGACAACAGGAAGCAGGAAGCAGAACUGGAGUUGGCAUGCAAAAGAGCGAGAGGAAGAGCAAAGAUCUCAUAAUAAUCAAUGAUGGUUGUUAUUCAAUCAUCAUUCGUUAAAAAAAAAUCCCAAAUUCUGCCAAUGUAUGUAAACUACUCAGCACCUUUGUACAUAUAUCCAAUCAGAUAUAGUCAAAACCACAAUUCAGGGAGUCCUCAGUCUAAAACAGAUCUGUUCCUAGAAAAGCGACUUAACUUGAAUUUCGACUUAAGUCUGAUUCCACCAUUAAAGUCAGAACUUAUCCCAAAAUACUUUAUAUAAAAAACAAAUACAUUGAAAUAAACAAGAUGAUGUACUUAGCAUUACUGCUGAGAGGUGGAUGGAGAAGAAGAAGGGGAGGCUGUGCUUAGCUAUUCUGAACCUGGUCCUCAAUCCUCUCCAUCUCGACAAGUAUCAAAGAACCUUGUUUUAUGAUCAUUGUAUCCAACAAAGGAACGGAAACCUUCAUCAAUGUGCUAAAAUACAGGCUUUGUCUUAAAUAAUUCUCACCGCGGUCGACCACUGAAUCUUUGGUGGUGUUGGUGUCUCUCCUUUCUCCAAUCGUUUUAUGAUCUUGAGCUUUGUUUCCAUGGUAAUGGAUUUUCUUUUCGCUGCAGAAGCAUUGCGAAAAGACACAGCAUUCUUCUUUGGGGUGAUAAUGUCGAAAAAGGCGGGCAAAAAAAGUAAAGAUACUCCCGGGGCACAAACAUUGACAAGCAUUAGCCAGACAAAAUGGUGGACGGGAACGGGCGUUGUAAAGUCGAAACAUCUUAGGUCGAGAUGGUCUUAACCCGAGGACUCCCUGUAUUUAGUUCGUUACUGAGAUCUCUCAAUGCUAUUAGGUACAUUAGGCCACAAUAAAGAUUUCUGUAGCGGUGAAAUUGUAGAAUGAAAUUGUACACCUUUCAUAACCUCAAUGUGGUGAUGGCAUAUUGGAGUCCAAGAGUACACCUUUCUCAUUAGUUCUAGGUGGUGGUGGCAUAUUGGGAUGAAAGUGUACAUCUUUUUCAUAACCUCGAGAUGGCGGGAUACUUUUAUAAAAUGUGCAAGAUGACACGCUGUGGCGACCCCUAAAGGGACAAGCCAAAAGAAAAAAGUGCAAGUUUUUUCCAAUUUCCUUGAUAUCUGUGUAUCAGCCGCACUCCUGAUUUUUUACAACUUUGGGUGGAAAAACAUUGUAUUAUACACAAGAAAUUACGGUACAUAUUCCUGAUGAUGACCUUUUAUCAUCACAUUAGCUUUACAAUUAAAUUGCAAAGAUGUG